CUUGAAAGUCUCGUCUCCUCUACCUCACUCAAUUUUUUUUCUGUAUAAAUCUUUCCGUACUUUAUAACUCACGAUGACGGCUUUGCGGUUCGUUAGAUCUGUUUGGGAGUCCUUUCGGGCUACAUCGGGAUUGGAGCCUCGUCUUUUGGACAAUCUUCGGUUGACUGCCGCAAAACCUGGCCAAGUAAAUUUCGAGCUAGAUAUCCAGAAAGAGCAUACAAAUCGUCUAAAUAUUCUUCAUGGCGGUACUAUUGCUAGUAUGGUGGACCUCGGAGGCUCUCUAGCUGUCGCCUCCUGUGGUCUGUUUGCUACCGGGGUCUCGACCGAUCUCAAUGUGACAUACCUGAGCUCGGGAGGUAAGAUAGGGGAUAAGAUCUUGGCUGAAGCUAGCUGCGAUAAAUUUGGGAAAACCCUUGCAUAUACCUCUAUCAAGUUCGUCAACAGCAAAGGCGAAGUUGUUGCCAGAGGAAGUCACACCAAAUACAUCGCACUGGCCUGGAAGGACCCACAGAACAUCGUCGAGGAGCUUGGCGGGCGGCGUUCUUGAGAAGAACAAGAGACAAAAGAAUGGCCAUGCUGUGUAAACUAGACCUCAAGGUGUUGUCGUUCACCUAUAUGUAUACCGGUGGAGUCCACCAGUGAGGCAAUCACUGUUAUAUAGAGAGAUGGCAUAGGCCUUACUAGUUGAGUUGUGUUCAUGCCUACGAGUUAACUGGUCGUGUAUAUAUAUUUGUGUCAGCGGUAGAGCUUUCCUGUAAGCUCUACGUAGAACGGUAGUGUCAAUUAAUGAAACUUGCCACGGAGAACGA